GUAUUGAAUAUAAGACCAUUCAUUUGACGAGUUCAUCCAGGAACGAGGCUCUGGUUGUAAUCACAUGAGAGAAAUGGAGGAACGAGGGCAGAGAAGCAAUGGUAGAUUGGUGCUAGUCCCCUGCCCCCCUCAAGGACACAUAACCCCGAUGCUCAAUUUGGGAUCCCUCCUGCAUUCCAAGGGCUUCUCUAUUGUAAUAGCUCACACUCACUUCAGUCAUCCCCAUCCAUCUGGUUUCCCCAAUUUUACCUUUGCUUCUAUUCCCGACUUCUUACCGAAGGAUGUCCUCUCCUCGGGGGAUGCUGCAGCUAUUACAGCAAAUCUCAACACCAACUGUGAAGGACCUCUCCGCCAAGUAUUGUCAGAUAUGAUGGCACAGGAUGGAGCAACCGAGAGUAAAAUCUCUUGCGUGAUUUAUGAUUCGCUGAUGUAUUGUGCAGAAGCCGCAGCUUAUUAUGUGAAACUUCCUAGCAUGGCUUUGCGCACUAGUAGUAUCGGCACACAGCUGAUUUUCUCUGAAUUGCCUCGGCUCCAAAAGGAAGGUUAUUUUCCCCCGAAAGAUCGUUCGUCGAAAGAUCCAGUUCCAGGCGCUUAUCCCUUGAGAUGCAAGGACUUGCCUCUUUUUACAAGCGAUCCAGAACCAAUGGUGCAGGUAAUAGCUACGGCACUCGAUAUAAAGACAUCUUCAGCCAUUCUUUGGAACACAGUGGACUGCCUGGAGGAACAGUUAUCAGACCAAGUCCAGAAACAAUACCAUGUGCCAUUUUUCUCACUAGGCCCGUUGCACAAAGUUGCUCCAAGUUUACCAACCAGCAUAUUGGAGGAAGAAACCGAUUGCCUGUUGUGGCUUGAUAAGCAAGCUAAUGAUUCGGUCAUAUAUGUGAGCUUAGGAAGCUUGGCUUCGAUGGAUGAAAGAGAGUUUGCAGAGACAGCUUGGGGGCUGGCGAACAGCGGCCAGCCAUUUUUGUGGGUGGUCCGACCUGGCUCAGUCAGAGGCUCAGAGUGGAUCGAGCUGUUGCCAGAAGGGUUCGAAGAAGCCAUCCAAGAAACAGGCUGUGUCAUAAGAUGGGCUCCGCAGAAGGAUGUUUUAGCACACCGUGCCGUGGGAGGCUUUUGGACCCAUUGUGGAUGGAACUCGACCUUGGAAAGCAUUUCCGAAGGAGUCCCGAUGAUAUGCCAACCGUGCUUGUUCGACCAGAAUGUGAACGCGAGGUACCUGUGCCACGUUUGGAGGGUGGGAUUGGAGUUGGAGGGUGAUCUAGACCAGAAAGAGAUAGAGCAAGCUGUGAGGAGGCUGAUGGUUGGUGAGGAAGGGAAAGAGAUGAGGCUGAGAGCUGCGGCUCUCAAAGACCAAAUCAAGUUGAGCAUCAGAAAAGGUGGUUCUUCGCACACCGCAAUAGAGGAACUAGUGAAUUUGAUCAUUUCUCUCUCAUCUGAUGAUGAUCACUAGAAAUAAAAGGCUAAACGAGAUAUUUUAUCCUGUUAUUUGACAAAUGUGAUCGAAUGCAGCAGAAGGAACCCAACCCUGCACCUUGGGCUGAGCUCAAAAGGAGUAACAUGGUUUCUACCCUGUUGUAAUCCCAAA